UUUUAAAUGAGAAAAACAUGAUGGAGGUCUAUUUGAUUUCAGUUGUUUUAGCAAGCGCUCUCAUCAUUCCGUUUGCUCUCCAAACUCUGUCCCCGUAUCUCUGGAUGGACCUUCUCUAUCUCAGGGAUCUGCUGCGUAUUUUGGUGAGGUUUGCGUUGAGGCGAAGAAGGAGACCCCUCUUCUUCGUGUUGGACCGUUUCGUGGAGCAGACCGCUGCGCAUCCACACAAGCUGUUUGUUGCGUUUGAAAAUGAAAAGUAUUCGUACUCGUCCACGGACAAGAGGAGCAACAAAACAGCCAAUGCGCUCCGGACGCACCCCGGGUAUGGAUCCGGGGACACCGUGGCUCUGUUCAUGGGGAAUGAGCCCGCCUUCCUGUUUACCUGGCUGGCCCUGGCUAAAUUAGGCUCUCCUGUGGCUCUACUCAAUCACAACAUCCGCACCAAGUCUCUGCUGCACUGCUUCAACUGCUGCAAGGCGAAAGUGCUGAUCGCGGCCGCAGAGCUAAAGGAAGCGGUGGAGGACGUGCUGCCCUCACUGAGAGAGCAGGGCGUCACCGUCCUCCUGAUGACCAAACACUGUGACACACCUGGGAUCGAGAGCUUCUCUGAUAAAGUGGACGAGGCAUCUGACGCUCCGCUCCCUCGAUCCCUCAGAUCACACAUCACAUUCAAGAGUCCUGCGGUUUAUAUUUACACCUCUGGAACUACAGGUCUCCCUAAGGCGGCUGUGGUCAAUCAGAACCGCCUCUUAACCGUUCUUGCUGUUUUAUCUUCAAACGGUGUAACGUCCAGUGAUGUCAUCUACCUUAACCUGCCUCUGUACCACACAGCUGGAUUCAUUAUAGGCUUUAUCGGCUCCAUUGAGACAGGGUCAACCAUCAUUCUGAAGAGGAAGUUCUCUGCCUCUCAGUUUUGGGACGACUGCAGGAAAUACAAUGUGACUGUUGUGCAGUACAUAGGAGAGGUGAUGCGUUACCUCUGUAGUACACCGAAGAAAGAAAAUGACAAGGAACAUAAAGUAAGACUGGCCAUUGGCAACGGGAUCAGAGCAGAGGUAUGGCGGGAGUUCCUCAAUCGCUUUGGGAACAUUCAGGUCCGAGAGUUUUACGCCUCCACAGAAGGAAAUGUGGGAUUUAUCAACUACGCAGGGAAAAUUGGAGCUAUUGGAAGAGUUCACUUUUUUCAUCAGAAGCUGUUUCCCUUCACUCUUAUAAAGUACGACACAGAGCGGGAUGAACCCAUUCGAGAUGCUAACGGACUCUGUGUGGAGUCGCCCAAAGGUGUGACGGGACUGCUGGUGUCAAAGAUCACAGACAUCGCUCCUUUCGUCGGCUACGCCCAGAACGAAGAACAAACGGAAAGGAAAAGACUUCGUAAUGUUCUCAAGAAGGGAGAUCUUUACUUCAACAGUGGAGACCUAAUGAUGAUUGACAAAGACAACUUCAUUUACUUUCAGGAUCGUGUAGGCGACACAUUCAGGUGGAAAGGUGAGAAUGUGGCCACUAACGAGGUGUCUGACAUCCUGACGCUCAGUGAUUGUCUCAAAGAGGCCAACGUUUAUGGAGUCCAAGUGCCAGGACAUGAGGGGCGGAUAGGAAUGGCAGCUGUCUCUGUGAAGGAUGGUGCCCAGUUUGAUGGAAGUAGAAUAUAUAACCACGUGGUUAACUACCUGCCUUCAUACGCCCGACCUCGCUUUAUAAGAAUACAGAAUGCAGUGGAGGUGACGGGGACUUUCAAGCAGAUGAAGGUGAAGUUAGUGGAGCAGAGUUUCGACCCGGGGCGUAUCCAGGACCCUCUUUACAUCCUUGAUGACAAAGAGAAGAGAUACAUACCGCUGACAGCUCAGGUCUACAGCUCCAUCGUAUCAGGAAACAUCAAACUAUGAGUAGGAGCUUAGUGUUCACAAACUGUGCUUUCAGUCCAGCUGCAGUAAUAUUUUUAAUAAUGAACUUCCAGCUCAGCAACGGAACAAAUCUUUUUUACUGAUACUCAUAUUUUUGAGUGUAGUUAAAUAAUAUGGAUAAAUAAAACGGCUUUAUAACAGGCAGAAGACAGGAGAUGCUGCUUUUGCUUUAUUCCGUCUAAUAAUGGCAUUCAAGUGUUAUAUUAUGUAUCGAUAAACAGAUGUAGUGUUUAAUGAGAUGCUUCUGGAGAACGAACUUUAAGACAGCGGCUAUUGGACUUUCUCUCAGGUAGUAUCGGAUGUACUUUACUAUUACUACAUGGGUAGCAUGUAAUGGUUUAGGAGUUAAAAAAUACAGACAGAUUUUAUAUUUUUGUGCAAAUAUCUGUAAAUAUAAAAUGCUUUCCUACAAAUUAAAGUGAUUGAUACUAAA